GUCUGUAGUUCUUUUUAAACGGCCCUGCUGAAACCUCACAGCUCCUCGUCGGGGGCGGGGGGCCUCGCGGUGACUGUGGGCCCCCACCCCCUCAUCCCUCUCUCCCCCCGGCUCCUCCUGCGCUCGCCCCGGCACCAAUUGUUGACAAAAGACGCUGCGAGACGGAGCCGUGGAAGGCCGGAGCCGGUGCUGGUGUGGCCGAGGUGAUUCGGAGUCGGUCGGACCUCGCAGCAGCAGCAGCAGCGGCGGCGGCAGCAGCAGCAGCAGCAGGCCGGUGUGGAGCGGACUACCCCAGCACCUCCUUCACUUCUCAUCACCGCCACCUUUUCCUCCCCGUGAAAACACUCCCGUGACCGGAAUCGUGUAGACAAAAGCGGAGACCGGAGAUGGAUCAGCCGCUGUGAGUGGAAGCGCCGGAGGAAGCGGCGGCGGCGGCCUUGUGCGGGUCUAUUCAUCCCGGGAAUGGUGUGAACUGAGACGGGAAGGCAGUCUGGAUCUGACCGGGGACUCGUCGUUUCCCCGGAGCCUCCGCGGCUCCAAGCCGCGGCCCGAGCCCUCCAAAAUGGGGAAGUGUGACGGCAGAUGCACGCUGUUGGUGAUCUGUUCACUGCAGCUGGUGGCGGCCCUCCAGAGGCAGGUGUUUGACUUUCUGGGCUACCAGUGGGCUCCCAUCCUGGCCAACUUCCUGCACAUUAUGGCCGUCAUCCUGGGCAUGUUUGGCACUGUGCAGUUUCGCUUCAGAUACCUCAUUUUUUAUGCAGUAUGGCUGGUCCUGUGGGUUGGAUGGAACUCCUUCAUUAUUUGUUUCUACCUGGAAGUAGGAAACCUGUCACAGGACAGGGACUUUCUCAUGACUUUCAACACGUCCCUCCAUCGUUCGUGGUGGAUGGAGCACGGCCCCGGCUGCCUCGUGACGCCAGUGCUGGACUCUCGGAUGGCCCCCGACGACCACCACGUCAUCACGGUGUCCGGAUGUCUCCUCGACUACCAGUACAUCGAGGUGUUGAGCUCGGCCAUCCAGAUCCUUUUGGCUCUCUUCGGCUUCGUGUACGCCUGCUACGUGAGCAAAGUCUUCCAGGAUGACGAGGACAGCUUUGAUUUUAUUGGUGGAUUUGACUCGUACGGCUAUCAGCCGCCCCAGAAGUCCUCUCAUCUGCAGCUACAGCCUCUUUACACGGCUGGUUAAGUGUCAGUAGCGCCCCCUUGAGGCCCGAGCCUGAAGUUGUCACUGUGGAUGGAAAGAAAGAAGCGGCAGGUUGCCCACCACCCCACCCCUGAUUACACUCACUCGUUUGUGUCGCAGUUUACCCAAGGAGCGGACCUUUGACCCCAGAGAGGAGAGACAGUGUGAGCAUGUUUGCGUGUGUGUUUUGUGUCCGAGGAAGGAAAACUGAAGUCAGCCCUGAAACGAACGUUGCAGAGCUCAGGGACGAACCAGCGGUUCCCGGUGGGAGUGGAGCGGGAGGGAAUUCGGAGAAGAUUCACUCAAAACUGCCAGCUCUGAGCGCUUCCUCUCGAGUCGACGUGUGCGCGUGUGCGUGCGUGUGUGAUACGAUUGCGCAGCUCCGAGCUGGUGCUUCGUGGUUGUACUCUGGACUCUGCAACCACGCUGCGCCCUUCUGCGUUUGUUUGACUUCUUUGUUGGGGUGAAUGCUCCUCUGUGUGUGUGGAUGUUUUUGGAGGGGCGGAGCCACGCGAUAGACCGAGGCACAGCUCGUAUCUGUUGUCGUUUUAGAGUGUGACGUUAAAGCUAGAGCAGUCCUGCAGUUUCCUCCUCCCAAAGCCGUCUCUCUUUCCUCCCAUGCCGCUCCAGCUGCACACCUCAGGCCCGUAGGAGAGGCCAUCGAAACCACGACUCCUUAAAGGAUCAAGCUCGCAUUAAUCAGUGUUUGUUCUGGUGCAGAAGAACUAAACAAACAAGCAAUUAGAGUGUUAAGUCUGUCGUGCAAUAAUCUCACACAUUUUGGACCGUAAUGCAGCUGUUGGACAGUAAUCCCUCCAUGCGAUGUCCUGAUAAUAAAAAGGUGCCAAUUUCUGUUUUGUUUCCAGGAAUAUCUGUGGGGCAUGUGUUCAGAUCAGAUGGCUUUGGGAUGAGGCAUUAGUGUGUAUUUUUAUUUUUAUUUGUUGGGGUGGGAAGUAGUACUGUGCAUGUAAAUAACCAGCCGAUGAUUGUUUUGUUGGUUCUAUUUGCAGAAGAAGAAGAAGAAAAAAAGAGGGUCACAUUAUGGAGGGUGUGGGAGGGAUGACAGCAAAUUUGUUUUGCUUUGUACCUGUUUCUCUUCUUCUCUCUUUUUGUAUAUAUCAUGUUGCCUUGUUUUAGCCAGUUUGCAGUAUUCCUCCUUGUUGCAUCAGGAAGACAUCGAGUCCGAGCAGCUCGCUCAUCGACUCUCAUCCGAACGUGAGGGCGAAGGAGACUUUAGAGUCUUUUUUUUUUUUCUUUUCGAUAAUAAAUGUGACAGAAAGUGAGAAUAAAGGAGACGGGUAUGAGGUGCAGAUCUCAACGGGUGUAAAGUAAAGUUUGAAAUAAUAAAAGUACACUUUCUAUUUCAAAUGUGACUUCUGUCGUCAUCUGCAGACACGUUUGUCUCACUGAGAGUGUCUAAAUUUUGAAUAAACCGAGCGCUGUCA